ACCAAUUUUAUGCGGCAAUAUGGUGAAUUGGGGAUUUUUAACCCGACGAAAGUCCGGUUGAUUUGGUGAUGAUUCUGAUCUGGGGUUUGUUUGCAUGUGGCGAUCAACUCACUGGUURUCGGUCUUUUAACUGAAAACACUGCAUCAUUUACUGCAACACAACUGAAAUCUCGAAACCCUAUAGUUUCCAAAGAUCAUGUCUUCGGACCGACACGCUGCUUCCCGCSCUGCAUCUCCAGAUGACAAUUAUCUAUUCCUUGAUAUAUCGAAUGAAGCUCCUUUAUAUGGGCAGCGGAAACAUACAAGCAUCAUUGGUAGCAUUUUGUACUGUCUACUCUUGUCAGGUUAUGCUACAUUGGCUGUGGGAGCUCCAUGGGUGUUCCAGUCUAAGCAAUACUUGAUAUUAAAGUUACUCUCCACCUGUGAUGUUGCUUUAUUGAUUAUCACUGGCAUCUUCCAGCAAUAUAUGGUUUAUCAAGUCCAGAAAAUAAGAUUGCAGGGUUACUAUAUUUUCAGUCAAAAGAUGAAGCAUAUUAUUCGCCUACCCUUUGCCAGUAUGUCAUAUGGCACCGGGGUGAUGCUACUUAUCAUGGUUUGGGAGCCAUAUAUAAGAAUUCUUCCAAUUCCUAUGAUUCUCAGGAUUAUCAUGGUGGUUGAAGCCAUCUUUGCUGCCUCUUUCAUGAGUAUCUAUAUUGGUAAUGUACACCAGUACAAUACAUUGGAAUCACAGCCAGAUGUUCUGAAAUCCUUGUAUUCUCCCCUUCAACCACCAAGCUCUCUGGAAGCAUUAAGGUAUCACGAUGGCGGCCGGCUCUCUGAUCAGCAAAUGGCUUUGCUACAAUAUCAAAGAGACAAUCUUAACUUUCUGAGCGAGGAGAUUCUUAGGUUGCAAGAAUGCUUAAGCAAAUUCGAAAGGUCUGGUGACGGGACAGCACCUCAGGUCGAUCUUGCUCAUCUAUUAGCAGCUCGUGAUCAGGAGCUACGAACACUUUCAGCKGAGGUAAUACGGAUGUCUCGUUCUAUCUUCAUCCCUAGUCCAUAUCAAGUAAAUGCAUAUGAAAGUCUUGGAAGAAAGAUAUGAAAUUCAUUUUCUUUCUGCCUGUGAAUGCCAAAUGAUCAGAAAAUUAACCUGCAAAAAAGUAGAUGCAUUGUAAAUCCUAGCAAUCAGGCUAUCACRUCACCUUUUCAAGAUAAACCAAAGGAACCCAGUUAAUCCUCUAAGGGGCUGU